UCCCGUUCCCGUUCGCCUCACGCGUUCCCGUUUUCCGUCCCCGACUCAGAGCCCCCCUCCCGUUCGCCCCUCGUCUCAAGUUCUCGCGCUCCCUCGCCCGCACGGGCCCCGAACCCCUCCCGCCGCCCGCCCAAAGCCCCGGCCGCCGCCCGCCCCCUCGCCCCCGCUCGACCGCGCCGGCGCGGAAGCGGGGAUCCCAUUCGGGCCCCGGCUCGAAUUCGUCUUCCUUCGACGCGGCAUCUGUUCAUCAGUGGUUGAUGAAGGCGGCACAUUGACCCCCAUUUGGUGGACGAGAUGAAUUUGGGGCAGGUGUCAAACCUGUCCGGGAAGACCACGCAGAUGAAUCCAGGCAGCAGUCACGGGAUGCCGCAGCAACAGCAGCAGCGGCAGGUUGCUUUGGGGCACCCCGGUGUGGAUCCUGAGUUUGUAAACUUGCGCAAAAAUAUGCUUCAGAGGAUAUUAGAUCUUAUUAUUGCAAAGAGGAGUGGAUCUCCUGGAAUGAUGCCAAACAUGACGAACCUUGCAAAGCGGCUUGAAGUGGCUCUGUUCAUGGCGCAUCCGACCAAGGCUGAUUACUAUAAGAUGUUUAAGGGACCAAUUAAAGAACAUUUGGCGCAUGCGUUUCGGACCAUUUCGGCCCAAGGUCAGCAACGUCAGCAAAUGUUGGGCCAGGUAGCACCUUCCUCCAACCAUGUCACAAUGAUUCCAACACCUGGUAUGUCUCAGUGUGCAAAUGGGAAUUCUGUAAUGCCCUAUGUGAUGGACACCACAACCACAACUGGUAACUCAAGUGCAGGUUCCAUGUAUAAUGGGUAUCAGAACCCAUCCACCAAUACCCCACUAAAUUCUACGACUAAUAGCCUCUCAAUGGCGACGACUUCAGAGAGCAUGCAACAACACGUAAAUCAUAUGAUCCCUACUCCAGGAUUUAGCAACCAACAGACUUUGCUUGCUAAUUCUGAGUACUCAAGUCAAGUUGGAUGCUUUAAUGUGGAAUCGAAUGUUGUGCCGCAAAUGCAGCAGCAACAGAAGCCAUUUGAUAACAAUCAAGGUUUCUAUCCUGUUCACCACCUUCAGGGCCAUGCUGGUUCUGGAGUAUAUCCAAGCACGCUGAAUGGUGGAAUGGACACACAGAGGCUGAGGAUGCAGCUAAUAGACAGAAAUAUGUCAUCAGAAGCGUUUGCUAACCUAUCUUAUGGCAGUUCGUGCAAUAGUCUGUCUCAACAACAGUUUAAUGCUCACGCUCCACAGAGAACACCAACAUCAGUUGAUCCGGCUGUUUCUAGAGAUCUCUAUGACACUAAUUCGUCCAUCUUGACAGCUAGAAGUAAUCAAGGUAUUAGUGAUGCGAAUAUUAUGUCCAAUUCAAGAAUGAAUUCUCAGUUUCUUGCAAGUGAGUCAACCACAAAAUCAGUUCAACAACCACCCCGAUAUCACAAUAACGCUGACUGCUUGAAUCCACAAGACAUGGUGAGCCUUAGUACAUCACAAUUAUCGCAUGAACAACCACUCCGCCAACCACAUCAGUUGCAGCCUAAUCAUCCUGACUCCCAAUUAGUGCAAAAUCAUUAUGUUUUCAGUCCUCGGCAGCAAAAUUCACAACAAAAUCAGGGUCAAGAUUUUUUUGGUCAAGAGAACAGGGCACAAGAUAAAGGACACCAGCUUGGUGGUACUGUGACUUCAUUUGAUUCUAAAUUGUUGAAGCCCUCAGUAAUACAAAAUGAACAGGACUCGAAAAGCAUGAAAAAUCACCUUAAUCAACUGCGAUGGUUGCUAAUGUUGAAGCAUGCAGAAGGUUGUCAAGCUCCUAAAGGAAGUUGUAAAUCUCAAUACUGUGUUCCUGUACAGGAGAUUGUGAAGCAUUUUAGGAAUUGUCAAACGAAAAUCUGUUCAUAUCGGUAUUGCAGUUCGUCAAAGAUCCUGUCUUCUCACUAUAAGAAUUGCAUUGAGAAGGACUGUUCUCUUUGCAGCAAGGUGAAGGAAAGAUUGCGCCGCUCUUCCGAACAGGCACACAAGCACAAUCGUGACGAGACAAUAGUAAUUACUAAGCAGAAUAUGGUUCAGAAAAUCACCAAUGGAGCAUUUGAUGAAAAAAUGGACAUUGACUUGGUGGUAGUUGAAACCAUUGAUGAGCAACAGUCGAUACCAAAGCGUGCAAAAUUGCAGCAUAUAUCUCCCAGUGCAUCAAAGAAUGGAAUUCUUCAUGUCCCUGUUCCUGGUACAAGCCCACUAGUUUUGCACAAGCCAAAAAACAAGACAGUGCCAAAACAGGAGGUCAGUGCUAGGGUUGAUGAAAAAAUAGGCGUUAUGCGAACUAAUGUGAUUCUUGGUGCUUUGAAUGUGAUAGACUCUAAUGUCAAGCAAGAAAAGUUAUUGCUCGACAACGAUAUGAAGGAGAAUGUUAUUGAUCUUAAAAACAUAACAAAUGGUCGUAAAGAUGUCAUGGUGUCCAAAUCGGGGAAGCCAAAGAUAAAAGGUGUUUCACUCAUGGAGUUGUUCACUCCAGAACAAAUUAAAGACCACACUGAUAGUCUAAAGCAUUGGGUUGGUCAGAGCAAAGCUAAAGCUGGAAAGCAUCAAGUGAUUGAACACUCUGAAAAUGAUAACAUAUGCCAGCUUUGCAAAGUAGAGAAGCUAUAUUUUGAGCCUCCACCAAUUUAUUGUUCUCCUUGUGGUGCUCGGAUAAAACGAAAUGCAUCAUACUAUACUGCUGCUGCUACUGAGACUUGCCACAAUUUCUGUAUCCUGUGUUACAAUGAGGCUCGCAGUUCCACAAUUCAGGUGGAAGGUAAUCAAUUUCCUAAGGCUAAACUUCAUAAAAUGAAAAACGAUGAUGAAACAGAAGAAGGGUGGGUUAUGUGUGACAAAUGUGAACGCUGGCAGCAUCAGAUUUGUGCCCUUUUUAAUUUCAAAAGGGAUGAUUCUAAAGAAGCAGAAUAUACUUGUCCUAAAUGCUAUGUUCAGGAGAUAGAACAUGGUUUACGUAUACCUUUGCCACAAAGUGCUGUUCUUGGGGCUAAAGAUCUGCCAAGGACUGUGCUUAGCGAUCAUAUAGAAGAACGACUCUUUAAACGGCUCAGAGAAGAGAGACAUGAACGGGCCAUUCGUGAUGGGAAAAACUUUGAUGAGGUUUCUGGAGCCGAUGGACUUGUGGUCAGAGUUGUUUCAUCAGUGGACAAGAAAUUAGAAGUUAAACCACGUUUUUUUGAGAUUUUUCAAGAAGACAAGUACCCAGCAGAAUUCCCUUACAAAUCCAAGGCUAUUGUCUUAUUUCAGAAAAUAGAAGGUGUCGAAGUGUGCCUCUUUAGCAUGUAUGUUCAAGAAUUUGGUGCAGAAUGUGCAGACCCAAACCAACGUCGGGUUUAUCUGUCAUAUCUUGACUCUGUCAAAUUCUUUAGACCUGACGUAAAAACAGUGUCUGGGGAGGCCUUGCGGACAUAUGUCUAUCAUGAAAUUCUGAUCGGUUAUCUUGAGUAUUGUAAGCAGCGCGGAUUCACUAGCUGUUACAUAUGGGCUUGCCCACCUUUGAAGGGUGAAGAUUACAUUCUAUAUUGCCAUCCAGAGAUUCAGAAGACACCAAAAUCUGAUAAGCUGCGCGAAUGGUACUUAUCUAUGCUUCGAAAAGCUGUCAAGGAGCGUAUUGUUGUCGAGUUGACAAAUCUCUAUGAUCACUUUUUUAUCACUACAAAAGAAUGCAAGGCCAAAGUAACUGCAGCUCGCUUGCCAUAUUUUGAUGGAGAUUAUUGGCCAGGAGCUGCAGAAGAUAUGAUCAACCAGCUUUUCCUAGAAGAAGAUGAUAGAAAGUUGCAGAAGAAGGGGAAACUAAAGAAGACUAUCACAAAAAGAGCUUUGAGAGCUGCUGGCCAGACUGAUCUAAGUGGGAAUGCUUCAAAGGAUGCUAUCCUGAUGCAAAAGCUUGGAGAAACCAUUUACCCAAUGAAGGAAGAUUUCAUCAUGGUCCAUUUGCAGCAUUCUUGCAGUCAUUGCUCUACUCUUAUGGUAGCUGGAAAACGCUGGGUCUGCCACCAGUGUAAAAGUUUUUAUAUUUGUGACAGUUGUUAUGAUUCAGAGCAACGGCUUGAAGCAAAGGAGAGGCACCCGAGUAAUAGUAGAGAUUUGCAUGUGCUGCACCCAGUUGACAUUGUUGGGGUGCCUGAAGAUACAAAGGACAGAGAUGAUGUCUUAGAGUGUGAGUUUUUCGAUACCAGACAGGCAUUCCUGAGCCUUUGUCAAGGAAAUCACUAUCAAUAUGACACACUUCGCCGUGCAAAACACUCCUCAAUGAUGGUGUUAUACCACCUUCAUAAUCCAACUGCACCAGCCUUUGUUACCACAUGCAAUAUCUGCAAUAACGAUAUUGAAGCUGGUCAAGGAUGGCGAUGUGAAGAAUGCCCAGACUUUGAUGUGUGCGCAGGAUGUUACAAUAAAGACGGAGGUGCCAACCAUCGUCACAAGUUAACAAAUCACCCAUGUGUAGACCGUAAUGCUCAAAAUAAAGAAGCUCGCCAGAUGCGUAUUCAGCAGGCACGGCGAAUGCUUGACCUUUUGGUCCAUGCGCAUAAAUGUCGCACCGCUGGUUGCCAGUAUCCUGAUUGCCGAAGACUUAAGGGACUCUUCGGUCAUGCAACGAGGUGCCAGAAACGGGCAGCCGGAGGCUGCUCACUUUGCCAAAGGACGUGGUCUCUGCUUCAGCUCCAUGCCCGAACUUGCAAAGAAUCAAAGUGUACCAUACCGAGAUGCAGGGAUCUCAAAGCCCAUCUAAGGUGGACGCAGCAGCAGUCCGAAUCCAGGAGGAGGGCCGCCGUGAACGAGAUGAUGAGGCAGAGAGCCGCAGAAGUUGCCAGGAGUUAGUGAAGUCUCAAGCCGGAAGGACAAGCUCUGUACACACAGGUAUACUGUUAUAGAAAGAAAGACAGCAAAAAAGUACAUAUGACGUCUCAAGCCCGAAGGACAAGCUCUGUACGGGCGAACUUGAGCGAAAGAUCAGUUAUACUGGAGAUGGAACAUCUCGGUCCCAGAACCCUUGCUGACAAUUGUCUCAGCACACCGAUCGAUGUUCUUGCCGUCGGUGACUUAUACUGUAAUCGUUGUGCCGGUCUUGUUCUGUAGCCUGCUCAUGUACAAUAGGAUUUUGGAUGGCUCCUUAUUAUACAUGUGCAAAAUAGGGCAUACUUGGCGUCAAAGGGUGCAAAACACCAGUCAUAGUUGUUCUUUCUUUGUUGUUGUCUCAGCUCAGAGAGCACCUGUAGAAAACAAGCAGAACAGAACAGAACAUGGUUGAUAUCGGUUAUUUCAUUUAUUAUUUAUAUCAGUUCCAGCCCCUA